CUCAGAUAGAUGCACAGACAAAAGCCUACAUCGAUAGUGCCUGCCAAAAUACGAUAUCCACAAUUAUUGAAAAAGUGAAAGAAUUAAUAGACCAACAAGCCGAGAAUCAAAGAAGACGACAAUCUGGAGAAAACUAUCUGUUGGACGAAAACCAAGCAGCCAACGCAUCACCAGUUACAGUAAGUUCGGCGACAGAAACAAGAGAAGACUUAACUCAAGGUAAUUAUCCAUCCACACCAAUCCUUAACCAUAUGUUAGCAAACAUGUUGCUGCCGGGAACAACAUCUGCAUCUAAUAUGCUCUGCAAGAAUGAAGAUAGCCAACAGACAGACAAAUCAUUAAUAGUCAAAAAAGGGA